AUGAUGGCGGGACGCGCUACGGCGCGGUACCUAAAAAGAGUCCGUCCAGGUGCCACCCAAUGGAAACAGGCGCCAUGGCACCCCUGCCCUACCAACAGAUCCAGUGCUUCCAACCGCGUGGUUGGCGGCCAUGGAACCCUGCCGUGGUUGAACGAUCCGUGGAUGGUUGGAGCAAUUUCGCUGGGGAGGUACCGGUACCAAGGACGCCAGGCCACCUGUUGUGUUGUGCAACCACAUCGUCCUCAUCCACCCUCCACUCCCAGUCUGCCGCCAGACUCGUUCCUCGCCACGGUGUCAACGAUUGUGACGCGGGCUGCCACUUUAUCCAACGUUUGCCCUUGGGGGCAAUGCAUGUCAUCGGUCGAUAGCGCGCGAGCCUGGACUCGCAGCCACAACACGAUCGUGGUGUGCCGUGUCCUCGAUUGCAAAUUUCGUUCUCGCGGCGCGAACACCGAGCUCCAAGGCAGCGGGGAGGGCGAAAAGUCAAACUCCUGA